UCUCUGUUGCUAAUCAUCGCUUAAUCCUCUGUUCAAUUGUACAUGAAAUGGAAAAUACGAGAACUCGAAAAGAUAUUAGUUUUGCAUCUUAGUUUAAGGAGAAAGAUGACCUCCAUCAAUCGCAAACAUGAAUGAUUGAAUGUUCCUUUCUGGGUUUUUGUUUCUGAGUAAUACCCUUCUCGAUUUCCUUCGAUGGAUCACUACAAAGCCCUUGGGCUUAGCUCUAAUGCAACAAAAACAGAAAUCAAGGAAGCUUUCAGGAAAUUGGCCCUUAAAUUUCACCCCGACAAGCACUCAAUGUCACCAAAAGCGGUCAGAGAUGGGGCAGCCCUCAAAUUCAAGCAGGUUGCAGAGGCUUACGAGGUUCUGAUUGACGAUAGAAAGCGUGCUGACUACAAUAGAGGGUUCGGUUCCUCUAAUGGCGGAGGUGGAUUUCGUGGUGGUUAUGGUUAUAGUUAUUAUAAUAGUAAUAGUUACAAACCCAGGUACAGACGCAGCUAUGCUUCGAAUGGGUUGAAAGGGUUCUUCGACAUGGAUGUGGUUCUUCAGUUUGUAACUAGGCGUGGGUUUCUUCUGAACCUUGCAUUUGCGAGUGUUUUAUUAGGUGCGGGAGUUCUCGUAGAAAGAAGUGGGGAAACCCUCUGGAAAAUGCAAAAUUCUGGGAAAUCCUUUGAAGAAGCUAUUGAAUCCAUUGAGAAGAUCAAGAAGCAGCAAAAGAAGACAUGAAGCCCCUACAUUGUGUUCUAGUUUCGUUGUACUUUGGAAGGAGGAAAGGUGGUCGUCCAUUUUAUAAAUCGACUGUCCACUAUCAAAUUGUUUUGGAAGGGGAAGGAUAUAUCAAAUUGUUUUGGAAGGGAAAGGAUAUUUUUUAUCUUUAUAAUAUAUAGUCCAAUGUAUAUAUUACAACAAAGCAAUAAUUGUAAUUGUAAAACUAUAAAUACAUAUUAUGCUAGGACUCUUUCUCCCUUGUAAAGAUAAAGCAGUCUUCUGCAAAAAAAUAACUAUGAGAAAGCUAAUGCAUUUUUAUAGACUUUAAUUUCAUGGACUA